CCCGCGCUCGCCGGCAUGGCUCGUCGCGCCGCGGGCGGCGCAGCGCUUAGCGCCCGGGCCUCCGCGCCCGCGCCGCCGCCGCCCUCCGCGGGCCCGAGGGGCGCCCCGCCGCGCCCGCCGCCGCGCCCGCCGCUGCCGCUGCUGCUGCUGCUGCUGCCGCCGCUGCUGCUGCCGCCCGGCGCGGCGCGGGCCGGCGCCCUGGAGAUCCAGCGCCGCUUCUCCUCGCCCACGCCCACCAACAACUUCGUCCUGGACGGCGCGGCCGGCACCGUGUACCUGGCGGCCGUCAACCGCCUGUACCAGCUGUCGGGCGCCAACCUGAGCCUGGAGGCCGAGGCGGCCGUGGGCCCGGUGGCCGACAACCCGCUGUGCCACGCCCCGCAGCUCCCGCAGUCGUCGUGCGGGCACCCGCGGCGCCUGACCGACAACUACAACAAGAUCCUGCAGCUGGACGCGGGGCAGGGCCUGGUGGUGGCGUGCGGCACCAUCUUCCAGGGCUUCUGCCAGCUGCGGCGCCGGGGCAACAUCUCGGCGCUGGCCGUGCACUUCCCGCCCGCCGCGCCGCCCGCCGCGCCCGUCAGCGUCUUCCCCAGCAUGCUCAACGUGGCCGCCAACCACCCCAACGCGUCCACCGUGGGGCUGCUGCUGCCGCCCGCCGCCGGCGCCGCGGGCAGCCGCCUGCUGGUGGGCGCCACGUUCACGGGCUUCGGCAGCGCCUUCUUCCCGCGCAACCACAGCCUGGAGGACCACCGCUUCGAGAACACGCCCGAGAUCUCCAUCCGCUCGCUGGACGCCGCCGGCGACCCGGCCAAGCUCUUCACCUACGACCUCAACCCGUCCGACGACAACAUCUUCAAGAUCAAGCAGGGCGCCAAGGAGCAGCACAAGCUGGGCUUCGUGCGCGCCUUCCUGCACCCGCCCGCCGCCGCGCCGCCCUACGCCUACCUGGCGCUCAACAGCGAGGCGCGCGCGGGCGACAAGGACGGCCAGGCCCGCAGCCUGCUGGCCCGCAUCUGCCUGCCCCGCGCCGCCGACGGCGACCCCGAGAAGCUCACUGAGUCCUACGUGCAGCUGGGCCUGCAGUGCGCGGGCGGCGCGGGCCGCACCGACCUCUACAGCCGCCUGGUCUCCGUCUUCCCCGAGCGCGAGCUGCUCUUCGCCGUCUUCGAGCGCAGCCCGAGCGGCCCCGCGCCCCGCGCCGCCGCCGCCGCCGCCCCGGCCGCGCUCUGCGCCUUCCGCUUCGCCGACGUGCACGCCGCCAUCCGCGCCGCGCGCACCUCCUGCUUCGUGGCGCCCGCGCCCGACGUGGUGGCCGUGCUGGACAGCGUGGUGCAGGGCAGCGGCCCGACCUGCGAGCCCAAGCCCAACAUCCAGUUGCUGUCGGAGCAGCUCGACUGCGGUGCCGCCCACCUGCAGCACCCGCUGUCCAUCCUGCAGCCCCUGAAGGCCUCGCCCGUGUUCCGGGCACCGGGGCUCACGGCCGUGGCCGUGGCCAGCAUCAACAACUACACGGUGGUCUUCCUGGGCACUGCCAACGGGAGGCUCCUCAAGGUGAACCUGAACGAGACCAUGCAUGUGGUGAGCAGCCGCGUGCUGACCGUGGCCUACGGGGAACCCGUGCAUCACGUCAUGCAGUUUGACCCCACAGACCCUGGCUACCUUUACCUCAUGACCUCACACCAGAUGGCCCGGGUGAAGGUCGCGGUGUGCGAGGCGCACACCACCUGCCGGGACUGCGUGGGCGCUGCCGACGCCUACUGCGGCUGGUGCGCUCUGGAGACGCGGUGCACCCUGCAGCAGGACUGCGCCAACUCCAGCCAGCCCCAUUUCUGGACCAGUGCCAGUGAAGGCCCCGGCCGCUGCCCCUCCAUGACCGUGCUGCCCGCGGAGAUCAACGUGCGUCAGGAGUACCCGGGCAUGAUCCUGCAGAUCUCGGGCGGCCUGCCCAGCCUCAGCGGCAUGGAGAUGGCCUGUGACUAUGGAGGGGACAUCCGCACGGUGGCCCGGGUUCCGGGCCCCGCCUAUGACCACCAGCUGGCCUACUGCAACCUGCUACCGCAGGCCCACUUCCCGCCCUUCCCUGACGCCCAAGAUCACGUGACCGUGGAGAUGGCCUUGAGGGUCAACGGGCGCAGCAUCGUCAUGGCCAACUUCACCAUCUACGACUGCAGCCGCAUUGGACACGUGCGGCCCCGGGAAGCCUGCACCAGCUGCCUGUCAGCACCGUGGCCCUGCUUCUGGUGUGCACAGCAGCACACCUGUGUCUCCAACCAGUCUCGAUGCGAGGCCUCACCCAACCCCACGAGCCCCCAGGACUGCCCCCAGAUCCUGCCCAGGUCUCUGGCACCGGUGCCCACCGGCGGCUCCCGGGACAUCCUGGUACCCGUGACCAGUGCUGCCGCCUUCCAUGGUACCGCCCUGGAGUGCAGCUUCGGGCUGGAGGAGAGCUUCGAGGCCGCGUGGGUGAACGAGUCAGUUGUCAGUUGCAACCAAGUCGUGCUGCACACGACACAGAAGAGCCAGGUGUUUGUCCUCAGCCUCCAGCUGAAGGGCCGACCUGCCCAGUUUCUGGACAGCCCUGACCCCAUGACAGUUGAGGUCUACAACUGUGCGGUGGGCAGCCCCGACUGUUCCCAGUGCCUGGGCCGCGAGGACCUGGGCCACCUGUGUGUGUGGAGCGAGGGCUGCCGCCCGCGGGGCCCCCUGCAGCCGCCCCCUGGCACCUGCCCGGCCCCCGAGAUCCGCCUGAUUGAGCCACUGAGUGGCCCCUUGGAUGGCGGGACCCUGCUGACCAUCCGCGGCAGGAACUUGGGCCGGCGCCUUAGCGACGUGGCUCACGGCGUGUGGAUUGGCAGCGUGGCAUGUGAGCCGCUGGCUGACAGAUACACGGUGUCAGAGGAGAUCGUGUGCCGCACGGGGCCGGCCCCGGGUGCCUUCUCGUCGGUGGUGAGCGUGAACGCCUCCAAGGAGGGCCACUCGAGACAGCGCUUCUCCUACGUGCUGCCCACCGUCCACUCCGUGGAGCCCUUCAUGGGCCCCCAGGCUGGGGGCACGAGGAUCACCAUCCAAGGGAGCCAUCUGCACGUGGGCUCCGAACUGCAGGUCCUGGUGAACGACACGGACCCCUGCGUGGAGCUCGUGCGCACAGAGAGCAGCAUUACCUGCACGGUGCCCGGAGGCGCCGCGCCCGUGCCCGUGCCCGUGUGCGUGCGCAUGGAGCGCCGGGGCUGCCUGCUCGGCAACCUCACCUUCCAGUACAUGCAGAACCCCGUGAUCAUCUCCAUCAGCCCCCGCCGCAGCCCCGUCAGCGGCGGCAGGACCAUCACCGUAGCCGGCGAGCGUUUCCACAUGGUACAGAACGUGUCCAUGGCUGUCCACCACAUCGGCCGCGAGCCCACGCUGUGCAAGGUCCUCAACGCCACUCUGAUCACCUGCCCGUCGCCGGGGGCCCUGAGCAACGCCUCGGCGCCCGUGGACUUCUUCAUCAACGGGCAGGCCUACGUGGACGAGGCGGCCCUGGCGGAGGAGCUGCUGGACCCGGCCCGGGGACGGCGGGGCGGCCACUUCCGGCUGGAUUACCUCCCCAACCCCCAGUUCUCCACCGCCAAGCGGGAGCGGUGGAUCAAGCACCACCCGGGGGAGCCUCUCACCCUCGUCAUCCACAAGGAGCAGGACAGUCUGGGGCUCGAGAGUCACGAGUACCUGGUCAAGAUCGGCCAGGCGGCCUGCGACAUCCAGAUCGUCUCGGACAGGGUGAUCCACUGCUCUGUCAACGAGUCCCUGGGUGCGGCCGAGGGGCAGCUGCCCAUCACGAUCCAGGUGGGAAACUUCAACCAGACCAUCGCCACGCUGCAGCUGGGAGGUAGCGAGACGGCCAUCAUCGUCUCCAUCGUCGUCUGCAGCAUCCUGCUGCUGCUCUCCGUCGUGGCCCUGUUUGUCUUUUGCACCAAGAGCCGGCGCGCUGAGCGCUACUGGCAGAAGACGCUGCUUCAGAUGGAGGAAAUGGAGUCUCAGAUCCGAGAGGAAAUCCGCAAAGGCUUUGCCGAGCUGCAGACGGACAUGACGGACCUGACCAAGGAGCUGAACCGCAGCCAGGGCAUCCCCUUCCUGGAGUACAGGCACUUCGUGACCCGCACCUUCUUCCCCAAGUGCUCCUCCCUUUACGAAGAGCGUUACGUGCUGCCCUCCCAGACCCCCGGCUCCCCGGGCGGCUCCCCCACCCCCGAGACCCACCCGCUGCUGGGGGAGUGGAAGGUCCCCGAGGACCGCCGGCCCAGCAUGGAGGAGGGCGCCAGCCUGUUCUCCUCACUCAUCAGCAACAAGCACUUCCUCAUCAUCUUCAUCCACGCGCUGGAGCAGCAGAAGGACUUUGCAGUGCGAGACAGGUGCAGCUUGGCCUCCCUGCUGACCAUCGCGCUGCACGGCAAGCUGGAGUACUACACGGGCAUCAUGAAGGAGCUGCUGGUGGAUCUCAUCGACGCCUCGGCCUCCAAGAACCCCAAGCUCAUGCUGCGGCGCACCGAGUCGGUGGUGGAGAAGAUGCUCACCAACUGGAUGUCCAUCUGCAUGUACAGCUGCCUGCGGGAGACGGUGGGAGAGCCCUUCUUCCUGCUGCUGUGCGCCAUCAAGCAGCAGAUCAACAAGGGCUCCAUCGACGCCAUCACCGGCAAGGCCCGCUACACACUCAACGAGGAGUGGCUGCUGCGGGAGAACAUAGAGGCCAAGCCCCGGAACCUGAAUGUGUCCUUCCAGGGCUGUGGCAUGGACUCGCUGAGCGUGCGGGCCAUGGACACAGACACGCUGACACAGGUGAAGGAGAAGAUCCUGGAGGCCUUCUGCAAGAACGUGCCCUACUCCCAGUGGCCCCGGGCGGAGGACGUGGACCUCGAGUGGUUUGCCUCCAGCACUCAGAGCUACAUCCUGCGGGACCUGGACGACACGUCGGUUGUGGAGGAUGGGCGUAAGAAGCUGAACACGCUGGCCCACUACAAGAUCCCGGAAGGAGCCUCCCUGGCCAUGAGCCUCACGGACAAGAAGGACACCACCCUGGGCAGAGUGAAAGACUUGGACACGGAGAAGUAUUUCCAUUUGGUGCUGCCCACGGACGAACUGGCAGAGCCCAAAAAGUCCCACCGCCAGAGCCACCGCAAGAAGGUGCUCCCGGAGAUCUACCUGACCCGCCUGCUGUCCACCAAGGGCACGCUGCAGAAGUUUCUGGAUGACCUGUUCAAGGCCAUCCUGAGCAUCCGGGAAGACAAGCCCCCUCUGGCUGUGAAGUACUUCUUCGACUUCCUGGAGGAGCAGGCGGAGAGGAGGGGGAUCUCAGACCCAGACACACUGCACAUCUGGAAGACCAACAGCCUGCCUCUCCGUUUCUGGGUGAACAUCCUGAAAAACCCCCAGUUCGUCUUUGACAUCGAGAAGACGGACCACAUAGACGCCUGCCUCUCGGUCAUUGCCCAGGCCUUCAUCGACGCCUGCUCCAUCUCUGACCUGCAGCUGGGCAAGGACUCGCCCACCAACAAGCUCCUGUAUGCCAAGGAGAUCCCUGAGUACCGCAAGAUCGUGCAGCGCUACUACAAGCAGAUCCAGGACAUGACGCCCCUCAGCGAGCAGGAGAUGAACGCCCACCUGGCCGAGGAGUCCAGGAAAUACCAGAACGAGUUCAACACCAACGUGGCCGUGGCAGAGAUCUACAAAUAUGCCAAGAGGUAUCGCCCCCAGAUCAUGGCGGCCCUGGAGGCCAACCCCACGGCCCGCAGGACGCAGCUGCAGCACAAAUUCGAGCAGGUGGUGGCGCUGAUGGAGAACAACAUCUACGAAUGCUACAGCGAGGCCUGAGUGCAGGGAAGCGCCGUGCCACCGCGCCAGAGGCCCCGCCCUGCGCCCCGCCCCCGCCCACAACUCAGCUGCAGGCCGCUGAGCCGGAAGGAGGUGCUGGCCGCACCCACGCUGCCCCUCUGCCCACCUCAGGCCUGGCACUGGGACGGGGGCCUUCAGCCCGGCCGCCACUGCCCCUUUUCAGUGGCUUGGCCUGGCCGAGAGCCAGGCUCCACCACAGGAGAAGAGGCCACCGUCCAGACUCGCUACCUCACCCAUCCUGGUGGGGCCUCGGUCCACCAACACGCUCUGCGACCUGCCCACAGACCGUGCCAAGCAGGGAUGGGUCUGCGUGGCUCCGGGGGCCGCUGGCAGAGGCGGCAGUGCCCGCUGCCCGCAGGGAGGGGCAGAAGAAGGGGACGCGGGGCUGCUGGUGCCCGGGGAGGGGGGGGAGGCUGGGCGGCACCACGCUGUAGCCAGGCUACUUGAUCUUUCUGGAAAUGUUUCUAAAGAUAGCACCACUUUGGGGGGUUUUGUUUUUUUGUUUUGUUUUUUUAAAAAAAGCUUUUAUAUAUUAAAAAACAAACUCACGCCACGCGCCAACUGUGAAUUGCUGCCGCUUGUGCAGAGGAGCCGGCCGGCCCCAGGGCUCCCGGCAACACUGGAAAGGACCGCGCCGCGGAUGGCAGGCCCGGAAAACGCCGACGGGUUCACCAGGCUCCUUGCUGCAGGCCUGGCCAGACCCAAGGGAGCUGGACGGGAGGGCUGGAACUCUCUGGAACCUUCUUUAUAAUAAAAGCCUGCCAGGAAACCUA